AUGGCCGACAACAAGAACUACGAUGACGAGCCGCAUGAGCGGACGACGAUGCAGCAGAAGAAGGCGAUCAAUGCAAAGAAGCAGGCAAAGCGCGAAUCCGGCGAGCAGACGGCACGGUCACGGUCCUCGUCCCGCCGCGCCCGGCGGCAGCGCAUCCAGAAGGGCAUGGAGGACGGCAAGUACCUGAAGACGACGUCGCUGGAGGCGCUCGAGGAGGCUGACGCGAAUGGCGAGCUCAAUCAGAUGGGCAUGUUCGAGCGCAUCGGCCCGGACAGCACCUCCAUGGACGGCCCCGUUACCUAUGCCCGCGCAAUGCGCGGCGAGAUCCCCAUGCGCGGCACCGACCCCAACCAGCCCUACCGGAUGGAGCCCCAGGAGAAGAAGAGUUCGCUCGACGACACCGACGGCCUCAAGCUCAAGCUGGAUGCCAACUUGGAGAUAGAAAUCGAGCUCAAGGCCUCCAUCCGGGGUGAUCUGACCCUGUCGUUAUAG